ACGUCUCCUAACUACCCGUCCCCCUAUUACAAUAACGCCAACUGUCGCUGGCUGAUAAACGCUGGCAAUGGUUAUGUUGUGAAGGUGACUGUCUUGAACUUCAAUCUGGAGACGGGGUAUGAUUACUUGGAGUUAUACAACGGAACCGAGCCAUCCAGUUCAUCCCUCAUUAUCAGGACCAGUUCCCUUUGCCCCAACAGUCAGUCAUCCACAGCAGUGGGCAGUACAUGUACAUCAGGUUUUCCAGCGACGGCUCCGUCACGUACUCAGGCUUCAGGCUGACAUACGAGGCCGUUGAGCAGCAGACUGCGCCAACGUCUGUGUGUACUUCGAACGGGACAACUUUCUCUGCUGUACCCGGGCAAGUCGGUUACCUUACGUCUCUUUAUUACCCCUCUGUCUAUUCCGGCUUCAUCUCCUGCUCGUGGACGAUAAAUUCUACCAGUGGCUAUGUCGUCAGAUCAAGUAUCUUGAACGUUACUAACCCUGAGUUCUACUUCUACAUCAGAAUUUAUGACGGUAUGUCGGAAUCAUCACGUACACUUGUAUCGUUCUCCAGCAUGCCAUCACAAACCGUGUAUUACAGCUCUGGACAGUCCAUGUACAUCAGGCUUACUACCGGAGGUCUCAGCCCAAACUCAUUAUUUAAUCUCACCUACGAUGCUGUCGAUGAAUUGUCUGUCCCCACGUCAGUGUGUACUUCUAGCGGGACAAAUUUCUCUGCUGUACCCGGGCAAGUCGGUUACCUGUCGUCUCUUUACUACCCGUCUGUCUAUUCCGGCUUCAUCUCCUGCUCGUGGACGAUAAUUUCUACCAGUGGCUAUGUCGUCAAGGCGACUGUCUUAAACGCUACUAACCCUCAGUUCUACUUCAACAUCGUGAUUUAUGACGGUAUGUCGGAAUCAUCACGGUCACUUGCAUCGUUCUCCAGCACGCCAUCACAAACCGUGUAUUACAGCUAUGGACAGUCCAUGUACAUCAGACUUUCUACCUACGGUCUCAGCCCAAACGCAUCCUUCAGUCUCACCUACGAGGCCGUCGAUGAGUCGUCUGCCCCCACGUCUGUGUGUACUUCUCACGGGACAACUUUCUCUGCUGUACCCGGGCAAGUCAGUUACCUGACGUCUCUUUAUUGGCCGUCUGUCUAUUCCGGCUUCAUCUUCUGCUCGUGGACGAUAAAUUCUACCACUGGCUAUGUCGUCAAGGCGACUGUCUUAAACGUUACAAACGCUGAGUUCUAUUUCUACAUCUGGAUUUAUGAUGGUAUGUCGGAAUCAUCACGUACACUGUCCUCGAUCUCCAGCAUGCCGUCACAAACCGUGUAUUACAGCUCUGGACAGUCCAUGUACAUCACACUUACUACCUACGGUCUCAGCCCAAACUUAUUAUUUAGUCUCACCUACGAGGCCGUUGAUGAAUUGUCUGCCCCCAUGUCUGUGUGUACUUCUAACGGGACAACUUUCUCUGCUGUACCCGGGCAAGUCGGUUACCUGCCGUCUCUCUACUUCCCGUCUGUCUAUUCCGGCUUCAUCUCCUGCUCGUGGACGAUAAUUUCUACCAGUGGCUAUGUCGUCAAGGCAACUAUCUUGAACGUUACUAACCCUCGCUUCAACAUUUUUAUUUAUGACGGUAUGUCAGCCUCAUCCCCUUCACUUGCCUCGAUCUCCAGCGUGUCGUCACCAACCGUGUAUUACAGCUCCGGACAGUCCAUGUACAUCUGGGUUGCUACCUACGGACUUAGCCCAAACUCUAUAUUCUUUCUCACCUACGAGGCCGUGGAUCAGUUGUCUGCUAAGCUGUCCGUGUGCUCUGUCAAUGCUCCAACUAUUUAUGCUGUACCUGGGCAAGUUGCUUACCUGACGUCUCCUAACUACCCCUCUUCCUAUUACAACAACGCCGACUGUCGGUGGCUGAUAGACGCUGGCAAUGGUUCUGUUGUGAAGGUGACUGUCUUGAACGUCAAUCUGGAGACAUGCUGUGAUUACUUGGAGUUAUAUAACGGCUCCCAGAUAUCCAGUUCAUCCCUCAUAAUCAGGACCAGUUCCAUGCCCUCACAGUCAGUUUUCAACAGCAGUGGGCAGUACAUGUACAUCCGGUUUUAUAGCAACGACUCCGUGACGUCCUCAGGCUUCAGGCUGACAUACGAGGCCGUUGACCAGCAGUCUGUGCCAACGUCUGUAUGCUCUGUCAAUGCUACGACUGUCACUGCUGUACCCGGGCAAGUUGGUUACCUGACAUCUCCCAACUACCCGUCUCCCUAUUACAACAAAGCUGACUGUCGGUGGCUGAUAGACGCUGGCAGUGGUUAUGUUGUGAAGGUCUUCAACCUCAGUCUGGAGGCGGGUUUCUUGGAGUUAUAUGACGGCACCCAGCUAUCCAAUACCUUUGUUAUAAUCAAGUUGGGUUCCAUGACCGCACAGUCAGUCUUCUACAGCAGUGGCCAGUACAUGUACAUCAGGUUUUAUAGCAACAGCAACCUCACCUACCCAGGCUUCAGGCUGUCAUACGAUGCCGUUGACCAGCAGUCUGUGGCCACGUCUGCUUGCUCUGUCAACACUACAGCUCUCUCCGCUGUAGUCGGGGAAGUCAGUUACCUGGAAUCUCCUGACUACCCAAACUAUCCAAAUAACACCAGCUGUCAGUGGCUGAUCAGCGCUCCCACUGGUUACAUCGUUAGAGUGACUCUUCUUGUUGUUUCCCUUGAUGAAUGCUGUGACUACUUAAACUUUGUGGAUGGUAUGUCAGAUCUAGCCCCCAGUCUGGGCAGGUUUUACGCCUUACCUUCACAGCGACUCCUCAACAGUUCUGGACAGUACAUGUACAUCAACUUUUCCACCAAUGGUAUUCGAAGGCGCGGUGGUUUUAAUCUUUACUAUGAAGCAGUACUCUUAUCUGAGUGUCCAGUUGACGUCAAGAAUGUCUCUGUCAUACCCGGAGAGAUCCGUUACCUGACUUCGCCCAACUAUCCGUUAAACUAUCAUAAUAACGCCGACUGUCGGUGGCUGCUGUCCGCUCCCAGUGGGUAUGUUGUCAGGGUGACUAUCUGGACCGUCAAUGUUGAUCUCUAUAAUGACUACCUCCAGAUUCUAGAAGGUAUGUUGGAUUCUUCUAGUAUCGAUACGUUCAGGUCCACGCCUUCGCAGAAAGUCUACAGCAGCUGUGGACAGUACAUGUUAAUCAGGUUUUACACCAACUUUUUGGAUGUCAGCUUGGGUUUCAAUCUGACCUACGAGACUGUUCUCGCCCGAUCGUGCUUUGCCGACCCUACGGAACUCACUGCUGAAGUUCGCGGUGUCAAAAGGCUGUCUUCUUAUAGCCUGUACUACAAUUGCCAUGUUUACAGUAAUGUCAGCUGUCAGUGGCUGAUCACCGCUCCCACUAGUUGCAUCGUGAUGGUGACAUUCUCAGACGUUGUCAUUAGGGAAUGUUGUGGCUACGUGAACCUUGUGGACGGUAUGUCGGAUUCAGACCCUAGUCUGGGCAGGUUUAACGCCACACCAUCACAGCGAUUCUACAACAGCUCUGGACAGCACAUGUACGUUAACUUUUCCAACAACGGAAUUAGAGUGUCUGGUGACUUUACUCUUUACUAUGAAGCAGUGCGCUUACCUGAUCCCCCAAUCACAUCAACAAGUGAAUUCACACCGGCCACAACCACAAGUACCAGUACCACCGGGCAGCAGCGUGUCAUCAAUGUAAAAGUAGUAUAUCGUAAAAAAUGCACACGUAACUGAUUUUUGUAUUUGUGUAAUCACACAAUAAACAGUACCAGUUGUCCUGACAUUUUAUGGUCAUUAAUCUUUGAAGAUAUGUAUACAAAUAAUUACCCUGACUACUAGUUUUGAUGCACAUGUUGAAGAUCUCUUCUGUAACAUUUGAGUCUGUACACAUAGAAUUUAAACAGGCUUUGCUUUGGUUGCAUAUGAUAGAAAUUUCCUGUUUUAUUGAGAUCUUCUUCCCUGUCAUAAGGAGAUGAAUAUCAAAACUGCAAAGUCAACACCUUACUUGUAUUGAUAAUUUCUUUAAAAUGUUUUUCCUUUAAAUAGGAAUAGCUGCAUAGUUAAUCAAAUCAAAUAAAAUCAUUUUUCUUUUGCUCACAAGGGCAGGCAUACAUACUCAUACAGACAUCUAACGCACACAUAAUAACUACUAUUUGUUCAUCAACUGCAGGCAAACAACAUUAAUAAUUGUCAUGUAUGUCAUGUAUUGGCCUGUGACAGAAAUACCUGCAUAUCAUUAAUUAUUUAGAUUGAUUAUUAGGACUAUGGUUACAACUCCUGUGAUGUGUAACUGUAACUGAUACUUAUGUUUUGCUCUGACAAAAGCAUUAACGUAGAUAGUUACAUAGUUGUGAUUAUGCUUAUUAUUUCAAGAGCGUAAUAUCUCAAACAAAUGGAAAUUAUCAAUUUGUUAGCAGUUAUUAAUUAUAAAGGUAUACACAUUUUAAGUGCUCGUUGAUAAGUAUGGAUAAUAAAGCGAAAAAUUUA